AUGCACAAUUGCCUCUGGGACACCAGGAACAUCUCCUACAAAGGAUGUGUUGCACAGGUCUUUUUCUUCGUGUUCUUCAUCUCAGCAGAACUUUCCCUUCUGACCAUCACGUGCUAUGACCGCUACGUGUCCAUCUGCAAACCCCUGCACUACGGGACCCUCCUGGGCAGCAGAGCUUGUGCCCACAUGGCAGGAGCUGCCUGGUCCAGUGGCUUUCUCAAUGCCCUCAUGCACACAGCCAAUACAUUUUCCCUGCCCCUGUGCCAUGGCAAUGCCCUGGGCCAGUUCUUCUGUGAAAUCCCCCAGAUCCUCAAGCUCUCCUGCACCAAAUCCUACCACAGGGAACUUGGGCUCAUUGCAGUUAGUGUCUGUUUGGUGUUUGGUUGUUUUGUGUUCAUUGUUUUCUCCUAUGUGCAGAUCUUCAGGGCUGUGCUGAGGAUCCCCUCUGAGCAGGGACGGCACAAAGCCUUUUCCACCUGCCUCCCUCACCUGGCUGUGGUUUCCCUGUUUGUCAGCACUUCCACAUUUGCUUACCUGACGCCCCACUCCAUCUCCUCCCCACCCCUCAAUCUGGCCCUGUCAGUUCUAUACUCAGUGAUGCCUCCAGCCCUGAACCCGCUCAUCUACAGCCUGAGGAACCAGGAGCUCAAGGCUGAAGUGUGGAGACUGAUGAUUGGAUGCUUUCAGGAAUAUUAA